AUGGCUGUUGCGCUUGGAUGUGCCCUGCCGAUACGUUCGGAGAAAUUCUGGCCACCAUACGUUGGUGCUGGAGUGGGAAGUAUGGAGUUCAGCUGCGUACUGUCUUCAUGCGUCGCCAAGUUGCGUUGCUGUCGCGAGAUAGCUGGUCCCAUUGCUACUAAGAUGGCUGUUGUGCUUGGAUGUGCCCUGCCGAUACGUUCGGAGAAAUUCUGGCCAUCAUACGUUGGUGCUGGAGUGGGAAGUAUGGAGUUCAGCUGCGUACUGUCUUCAUGCGUCGCCAAGUUGCAUUGCUGUCGCGAGAUAGCUGGUCCCAUUGCUACUAAGAUGGCUAUUGUGCUUGGAUGUGCCCUGCCGAUACGUUCGGAGAAAUUCUGGCCACCAUACGUUGGUGCUGGAGUGGGAAGUAUGGAGUUCAGCUGCGUACUGUCUUCAUGCGUCGCCAAGUUGCAUUGCUGUCGCGAGAUAGCUGGUCCCAUUGCUACUAAGAUGGCUAUUGUGCUUGGAUGUGCCCUGCCGAUACGUUCGGAAAAAUUCUGGCCACCAUACAUUGGUGCUGGAGUGGGAAGUAUGGAGUUCAGCUGCGUACUGUCUUCAUGCGUCGCCAAGUUGCAUUGCUGUCGCGAGAUUGCUGGUCCCAUUGCUAUGGCUGUUGCGCUUGGAUGUGCCCUGCCGAUACGUUCGGAAAAAUUCUGGCCACCAUACGUUGGUGCUGGAGUGGGAAGUAUGGAAUUCAGCUGCGUACUGUCUUCAUGCGUCGCCAAGUUGCAUUGCUGUCGCGAGAUAGCUGGUCCCAUUGCUACUAAGAUGGCUAUUGUGCUUGGAUGUGCCCUGCCGAUACGUUCGGAAAAAUUCUGGCCACCAUACGUUGGUGCUGGAGUGGGAAGUAUGGAGUUCAGCUGCGUACUGUCUUCAUGCGUCGCCAAGUUGCAUUGCUGUCGCGAGAUUGCUGGUCCCAUUGCUAUGGCUGUUGUGCUUGGAUGUGCCCUGCCGAUACGUUCGGAGAAAUUCUGGCCACCAUACGUUGGUGCUGGAGUGGGAAGUAUGGAGUUCAGCUGCGUACUGUCUUCAUGCGUCGCCAAGUUGCAUUGCUGUCGCGAGAUAGCUGGUCCCAUUGCUACUAAGAUGGCUAUUGUGCUUGGAUGUGCCCUGCCGAUACGUUCGGAAAAAUUCUGGCCACCAUACAUUGGUGCUGGAGUGGGAAGUAUGGAAUUCAGCUGCGUACUGUCUUCAUGCGUCGCCAAGUUGCAUUGCUGUCGCGAGAUAGCUGGUCCCAUUGCUACUAAGAUGGCUAUUGUGCUUGGAUGUGCCCUGCCGAUACGUUCGGAAAAAUUCUGGCCACCAUACGUUGGUGCUGGAGUGGGAAGUAUGGAGUUCAGCUGCGUACUGUCUUCAUGCGUCGCCAAGUUGCAUUGCUGUCGCGAGAUUGCUGGUCCCAUUGCUGUUAAGUAA